CACCUCAAUCCAGAACACAAAGUAUUGACCAUGCUGCUCGGUGUGACGCUGCUAGCUCUCGCCGCGGUUGCGACCGCCACCAAGGAUCCCCAUUACUGGGACAACCGUGAUGGUAUGGUACAUCUUUUCGAGUGGAAGUGGAGCGAUAUUGCAGAUGAAUGUGAAAGAUUCCUUGGGCCGAAAGGAUACGGCGGUGUUCAGAUUUCGCCCCCGAAUGAAAACCUGAUAAUCAGCAACAGGCCAUGGUGGGAGCGGUACCAGCCCGUUUCUUACAAGCUGGUGACCAGAUCUGGCGACGAAGCUGCUCUCAGGGACAUGGUAACGCGCUGCAACAACGUCGGUGUAAGGAUCUACGCCGACGCCAUCAUCAAUCACAUGUCCGCGUCAGCACCGCUUCCAGCAUACGGAACUGGCGGAUCAUCGGCUUAUCACGGUGACAGAUGGUGGCCCGAGGUCCCCUACGGUUGGAACGACUUCAAUUCAGUCUGCUCCAUAUCAAGCUACCAAAACGCCAUUGAGGUACGAAACUGCGAGCUGAGCGGUCUCCCGGAUCUCAACCAGGGAACAGACUGGGUUCGCGACAAGAUUGUCGAGUACAUGAACAACCUUAUUGACAUCGGUGUUGCUGGCUUCCGUAUCGACGCAGCUAAGCACAUGUGGCCCGGGGAUUUGGAGAUCAUCUUCAACCGGUUGAACAAUCUCAACACGAAUCAUGGCUUCCCAGCGAACAGUCGCCCCUUCAUAUAUUCAGAGGUCAUUGAUCAGGGAGGCGAAGCAAUUACAGCAUCGGAAUAUGUACACCUUGGAACAGUUACCGAAUUCAAGCAUGGUUUGGAGCUGGGUAACGCCUUCCAGGGAAACAACGCUCUUAGGUGGCUGACCAACUGGGGUGAAGCUUGGGGUCUCCUGACAUCCAGUGAUGCUCUGGUGUUCAUCGACAACCAUGACAACCAGCGUGGUCACGGUGGUGGUGGAAGUAUCCUCACCCACAAGAAUUCUAAGCCGUACAAGAUGGCGACUGCCUUCAUGUUGGCCCACCCCUAUGGUAUUGCUCAAAUCAUGAGCUCCUUCGAUUUCACGGACAGUGAAGCUGGUCCGCCAGCCGACUGGAAUGGAAACAUCCUUUCCCCUACCAUUAAUUCCGACGAUUCGUGUGGAAAUGGGUGGAUCUGCGAGCACCGUUGGCGCCAGAUCUACAACAUGGUUGGAUUCCGUAAUGCCGUUAAGGGAACUGGAAUCAACGACUGGUGGGACAACAGCAGCAACCAGAUUGCUUUCUGUCGUGGUGGAGCCGGAUUCGUCGCUUUCAACCUGGACAGCUGGAACUUCCAGCAGACCCUCCAGACUUGCCUUUCCGCUGGUACCUACUGUGACGUCAUAUCCGGCAACUUAAUCAACGGUAGCUGCACAGGAAAGAGCGUAACCGUUAAUAAUGACGGUACAGCGUAUAUCGAGAUCUUGACCUCUGAGGAAGACGGUGUUCUCGCUAUUCAUCAGAACGCAAAGCUGUAAUUCCUCUGCAGAUGAUGGACGUCGCGAUUAAAGAGAUAACAAUUGACGAUAUCGUCGUUUCAAUUUUUUUAAACUGGUUGUAUUAUUCUUGUUUUUUUAAUGAGCAUUUUUUCCCAGUAAAUUUUUCACAGUUUCA